GAACAAAAAAAACGCGUCCGAUCAGCUGCAGUGAUUCAGAUUGAAAGCGAUUUGGUUGUAACAAUAUGUGGCUGCGUCGGAUUCUCAAAGCCAAUGUGCGAUCCAUAUUCACGCGUAGCCGGCAGUUCACGGUAUCCCGGUGAUGCAGAUUUUCGAUUCUUCCGAGCCAGAAACCAGCCAGGUAAAGAGCACCUCCACGGAGGCUCCUCACUUUGGACAGGAAGCUCAUCUUACACGGUAGCGUUACUCGGAGACGUAGUCAAAAAAGCAAAACAGCUAAAGGAAGUUGAUGUUGGGAAUAAUUCCACAAUGUUCACUGUGUGGGAGCGACUAGAAUGUCCAGUGAAUGAUGAUGUUCCUGAUGGCAGUUUAGGCAACAAGGUCUGUUUCAUUUAUCGUUACAUGUUACAAUUCUGUCUCUUCUCA